UUUAUGUACUAAAAUGAAUUGAAAUGGAUGUUUCAAAAACAACAAAAUUACCAGUUAAAGAAUUCGAAGAAGAAAAUCCAUGUCCUGAAGUAGUUCCAGCUAACAAUCAUGACCGAAUUAAAAUUUGUUUCUGCACUGACCUGGACAAAUCGGUUUUGCUGAAUAACUUUGAAAAGCGAAAUUGGGUUUCCGUGAACAGUGAAGAUGACUGGAACUUUUAUUGGGCAGGAACGAAUACCUGUCGCAAUAUUUUCAGUGUUGAUAGCGGAUAUCGAAUGCAUGACAAUCAGAUCAUCAAUCAUUUUCCGAAUCAUUACGAAUUGUCUCGCAAGGAUUUGCUUGUUAAGAACAUCAAAAGAUACCGUAAAGAUUUGGAGCGAGAUGGAAAUUUGUUAGCGGAAAAAACGGACAGUGUGGCUGGUGGGACUCGAUAUAUUCAUUUAGACUUUGUGCCGACCACUUUCGUUUUACCUGCGGAUUACAAUAUGUUCGUCGAAGAAUAUCGGAAAAAUCCCCAAUCCACCUGGAUUAUGAAACCAUGCGGGAAAUCCCAAGGAACUGGAAUUUUUCUGAUCAACAAAUUGUCGAAACUGAAAAAAUGGUCACGCGAAGCUCGGAAUGCUUUCAAUCCUCAAAUAACAAAAGAAAGCUAUGUGAUAUCGAGAUACAUCGACAAUCCAUUGUUGAUCGGUGGUAAAAAGUUCGACAUGAGACUCUACGUGUUGGUUACAUCUUUCCGACCACUGAAAGCGUACAUGUUCAAGUUGGGGUUCUGUAGAUUCUGUACUGUUAAAUACGAUACUUCCGUCACCGAACUCGACAAUAUGUACGUUCAUCUCACAAAUGUUAGCGUGCAGAAGCAUGGGGGCGAAUACAACACGUUACAUGGCGGAAAGUGGAGCGUACAAAAUCUGAAGCUUUACUUGGAAGGGACGAGAGGAAGUGAAAUAACCGAAAAACUAUUCGGAAAUAUCAAUUGGCUUAUCGUGCAUUCGUUACGUGCAGUCGCUCCUGUAAUGGCAACAGAUCGCCAUUGCUUCGAGUGCUACGGCUACGAUAUCAUCAUAGACAAUACAUUGAAACCAUGGCUUGUCGAAGUAAAUGCAUCGCCAUCACUAACGUCAACAACAGUGAACGAUCGGAUACUGAAAUACAAAUUAAUCGAUAACAUAUUGUCGGUUGUCUUACCUCCGGAUGGUGUGCCAGACGUCCGUUGGAAUAAGAUUCCGAAUCCUGAAGCUCUUGGCAAUUUCGAACUUUUAAUAGAUGAAGAAUUAGCCGCACAGGAUGAUGGAAAUAGCAAUAAAGACAAAUCGAAGGGGAGUGCUUUCAGCGCUCACAACCGGUGGAAAUGAGCUGUUCAAGUCUGUUCAAAGAAAUGUCAAAUAUUUUCCAAUUCACGUUUUUGAAAUCGAAAAUUUGGGAUAAAUUUCAUUUUAAAUAAAAUAAAA